GACUCCACAUGACUUCCCGUGGCCGAGCCCCUCCGGGAGAGCAACGACGCUGGGGAGUCGAGAUGGUCGGAGCCGCGCUGUCGCCGCGGUGGUUGCUACUGCUGCUGCUGCUGCUCCUGGCCUGGGCGCCCCCGGGCCGGGCAGCGCCGGACCUGGAUGAGAUCCAGUGCCUGCCCGGGCUGGCCAAGCAGCCAGCUUUCCGCCAGUACUCAGGCUACCUCCGCGGCUCCGGCUCCAAGCACCUCCACUACUGGUUUGUGGAGUCCCAGAAGGAUCCCAAGAGCAGCCCUGUGGUGCUUUGGCUCAACGGAGGGCCGGGCUGCAGCUCCUUAGACGGCUUCCUCACGGAGCACGGCCCCUUCCUGGUGCAGCCAGAUGGUGCCACCCUGGAGUACAACCCCUAUUCCUGGAAUCUGAUUGCCAACGUAUUGUAUCUUGAGUCCCCAGCUGGGGUGGGCUUCUCCUACUCUGAUGACAAGUCUUAUGCAACCAAUGACACGGAGGUCGCCCAGAGUAAUUUUGAGGCCCUUAAGGAUUUUUUCCGCCUCUUCCCGGAGUACAAGGACAAUGAGCUCUUCCUGACAGGAGAGAGCUAUGCCGGCAUUUACAUCCCCACCCUGGCAGUGUUGGUCAUGCAGGAUCCCAGCAUGAACCUUCAGGGGCUGGCUGUGGGCAACGGACUCUCCUCCUACGAGCAGAAUGACAACUCCCUGGUCUAUUUCGCCUACUACCACGGCCUCCUUGGGAACAGGCUCUGGUCUUCUCUCCAGACCCACUGCUGCUCUCAGAACAAGUGUAACUUCUAUGACAACACAGACCCAGAAUGCGUGACCAAUCUGCAGGAAGUGUCCCGCAUCGUGGGCAACUCCGGCCUCAACAUUUACAACCUCUAUGCCCCAUGUGCUGGGGGUGUGCCUGGCCGUUUAAGGUACGAGAAGGACGCCAUUGUGCUCCAUGACUUGGGCAACAUCUUCUCUCGCCUGCCGCUGAAGCGGACAUGGCAUCAGGCUGGAGCUUGGAGCUUCCUGGUGAAUAUACAGUACCGCCGUCUCUACCAAAGCAUGCAGUCCCAGUACCUUAAGCUGCUCACCACACAGAAAUACCGGAUCCUGCUCUACAACGGAGAUGUGGACAUGGCCUGCAAUUUCAUGGGGGACGAGUGGUUUGUGGAUUCCCUGAACCAGAAGAUGGAGGUCCAGCGCCGGCCCUGGUUAGUGGACUACGGGGACAGUGGGGAGCAGAUCGCAGGCUUCGUGAAGGAGUUCUCCCACAUCGCCUUUCUCACCAUCAAGGGCGCUGGACACAUGGUCCCCACCGACAAGCCCCAGGCUGCCCUCACCAUGUUCUCUCGCUUCCUGAAUAAGCAGCCAUACUGAUGACCACGGAGACCGGUCCCCUUCUGCCUGAUCCAGCCCCUCUUCCUGGCCCCUCCUGCUAGAAGGGAGGUCCGCCUUUAUGCAAAAUGCCCCCGUGGGGCAGGUCCCUGCCUCCAGAACUGCUCCCCCACCCCUGCCUCCCCCACAGCCCUCUGCCUCCCAGACCGGGCCCCAGUGCCUCACGUAGACAGCCUGGGGGAGUUAGCACUUUAUUCCUGACUGGGGUGCGGCCUGGCCCCCUCCCUUAAUGCACUGGAACACAGCAGAGCUCAGGACAGCCCACGGGGAGGGUGGACGGACUAAUUGAUGGAUUGAGUGUGAUUAUGGAAUUAAAUUGGGUACAGCUUAAAA